AGAGGAGAGGAGAGGAGAGGAGAGGAGAGUAGUGUGGACUGUGAAGAGAAGACUGGGUUAAGAAAGAGGAAAGGAAUUCUGAAUAGUUUUGGGGAAGUAAAGGCGAUGAUGAUGGAGGAGGAGGAUGGCAUGGAUUCUCUGUUUGAGGGAAUGGUGUUGUUUACACCUCAUCAAUUCACUGAUGAACAACUUCAUCACCAACUUGUUGAAGAUCCUCUUAAGCGUCCUGAAGAAUCUCAAUCUGAUGAUACAGUUAAUAAUAAUGGCAACAAUACUUUAGCAGAAGCAGGAGCAGGAGCAGAAGAAGCAUCUCAUCAUCAACUGUUGUCAGAGCCCCUCGAUGAGAACCUUUUCUCUUCCCUCCAAACCCUAACCCAGUCCCAAUCCGAUCCAAUUUCCCCUUCUCCCACUACUGAUCCAACUACUCAGAUUUCUUCUACUUCUAGAAAGAAAAGGAGAGCUUCCUUCAGGAUCGGCUAUGCCAGAGAUCGCACCUAUCCUCCCGAUCUCAACAACCACAAUGAUGAUGAUGGCCAUGAUGCUGAUAAGAAUGAAGACGAUGCCUCUCAAUCCCCAUCAUCUUUUGUCGCCAAUCCUAUUGAUACUUCCCUAUCAGAUUCACAAUUCAAAAAUAAGAAUGAUGAAACCUUGUCCCAAUUUGAUCACCUUAAGUCCCAGAUUUCUGAGAAGCUAGACGCUGCUCGGCUCUUGAUUGCCUCUGUCUCUUCCGCCCGCAAGGAUUCCAUCUCAAGGAGAAGAAAAGCUGCUGAGGAUCUCAAUUUAGCAUCUGCCAAUCACGCCCACUUAGAACACCAGUUGGAGGUUGCUUGUGAGGCCGAAGAUUUCGAGACCGCAGAAAGGAUUAGCGACAGCCUUGCUGCUGCUGAGAAGGAGAAACAAACUCUCCUCCUUGCUCUCAAAGACGCUGAAGCUCACUGUGAUACCAUCGACUCUCAGAUGUACCAUGCUCUUGACUCCCAGAUUGCUGCUGAGCAAGAAUGCGCUUCUCUUCUUCAACAUUUCGCUAAGGAUGCAGAAAAUAAUGCAGAUUUAGUCUUGAAGAAUGCACAGAUACUUUCUUCAAAAGAAAUUGAUGAUUGGUUUUCAUCCUCCCAAGUCUUGGAGGCCAAGAAAAUCGAAUUAGAUAUUGAGUCACAUUUCAUAAAUGAAGCACGCUCGCGGGUCAGUGAUUCCAUCCAGCAUUCAGUUGAGGACGAUAGGAAUGAGAAAGAAAUUCUCUGUAAGAAAAAGGACGUGCUCACUAAGGAACUCGACCAUCUUCUCGAUUUAGUCAAACAGAAGGAAAUGGAGAUAGAUGAAAAUGAUACUAGAAUUAAAGCAGUUGAUGAGAGGAUUGCUGCUGUGGUCUCUGAUUUCAAGGAGAUUCAGUCAAGCAUUAAUGCAAAGUUUGAUGACUUGCAAUCACGCCUUUCUCAGAUGCAUCUGCAGAGUGUAGCAUUAUCGACAAAAAGAAAGGAAAUUGAUAGGUUCCUAACUGAAGAGGAAGAACGUGGGGCUAAGCUAAGGGAAUUAGUCAAGGUUUCAGAAGAUGAAGCAAAAGUCUACCAAGAAGUUGUUGUGCUGAGAAAAAGUCUCAAGUCGUCCAUUUUGAAAUCCAGGGAAGAAAAGUUGAGGCUGGCAAAGACCGAGGAGGAGCUUACCUUGGAUGUACAGAAGCUCCAACAGGAAGUUUCUGCUGCAAGAGGUUCCCUGCAGGAGCUAUCGUCAACUAAGUCCAGCAUCCAGCAAAAUAUAUCAUCCUUAAAGCAGAGAAGUCUAUUCAUUGAUAAAAGAGUCCCAGAGCUGGAGGCAGAAAAGAAAGUUGCUGCUGCUGCGAGAAACUUCAAGGAAGCUGCACGAAUAGCUGCUGAGGCGAAGUCAUUGGGUGUUGAAAAGGAUAGUUUGGAGAUUGACUUGCAAAAGGCCACUUCAGAGCUGAAGAAGCUUGAGGAAGAUAUUAAAGAUACUGUUGACAGAUUGCAAACUACUGAGGGACUGAUAUUAUCCAAGGAAAAGGAGGUUGCAAUGGCUAGAUUCCAGAGGUUGCUUUUAAUUUCUGGUGCUGCCACAGCAGAAAGAUUUGCUGCUUUAGAGCUGGGUGACACUAAAGAAGCUAACCUCCUACUUGCGGAGGCUGAGGCAGCAAAUGAUGAAGCAAAAAAACUUCAACCAACAUACAAUUUUAAAGCAGAAGAAUUUUUAAUACCUAAACAGUUCAUCCCUGUGGAGCUUGUAUCCAAUCUUGGAAGGAAGCAGUUAGCAGAACUGGCAGCUUCCGCUCAUUUUCCAGCAUCACAAUGACUAGAAGCAGAGUGAAAUUGAUUUGAAGAUGACCAAACCAAGAACUAUUGGAGAACCAAUAGCAUCCAAAUCAUGUGAUUUCGAAACAGUUUCAGAAAUUGCAUUGCAAGGGACUUCUGUGAUUUUGAUCAUAAUGUUGAUAUUUUCUUUAGAAUUUUCCUGAGCCAUGGACGACAAACAUCAAUUACAGUUUUGGUGAUCAAAAGUUUGGCAGCAAGAUCCAUCCUAUUCUUUGACAUCUAGCCAUGUGAGGACUUGUCAACUUUGGUAAGCCAUAAAUACAGAGCCUUAUGUUGAAUUAUAUUUUAUAGCUCUUUGUAAUUAUCUUUUUGUCUUGUGUCCUUUGAUAUAUGUUUUCGAAACAGAAUCAUUUCCUAUGCGAUUGACUUUCAUGUUGUUGAGAAUAUUUUACAAGGUUGGUUCUAUUUAAGAUCGCACUUCUAUCC